CCCCUCCUGCUCCUCCCCUUCGGGCAGAGCCGAAUCGCUUUGCUCCCAAUUGCAACGCCAGGAAGAGGGAGGUGCCAGCCAGGCGGACGGAAGCGCGUGCGUGUGUGCGCGCUCUCUUGCUUGCUCCUGCCGCCGAGCCGGGUGGCUCUUCCCCUGAGUUCCCUCGGUAACAGCCCUCCCCCCCCGCCCCGUGUCCAGCCUUAUUUCGCUGACCCGCAAGCCUCCUCCCGAUCCGGACGGGUGGCGGUGGCGUCAGCGCGUGAUGGGAAGACCUUAAACAAGACCAACAACGACGACGACGACGAGCAUUGAGGCGGCAAAGAGGCGGAGGAGGGCCUGUUUCGGGGCAGCCUCGGCCGACAAUGGCACUGUGCAUCUGGCUACUGUUGAAAGUACAAGCAGAAGUUGAAGAUCCAUGAGGAGAACUGGCUGUGGUGUGAGAGACUUUCCCAGAAAUCUCUCAGAAGCCAUAAACUGUAGCAUCAAACUGGAGAAAUGAAUCUUGAAAAUGGUGGGGCAACACCCCAAUCCAUAUUUUCUUGGGAUUAUGUUCUGUGGGAUGUCCGUUUGAAGCUAGUGGCAGCUGGCUUCUUUGUCUACUUGGGAGUAUUUUAUCUCUCACACUACUUGUCUUCAUGGAUGAGCAUAACUUACCGUUCACUGCCUUCCAAGGAGAAAGUCUUUUGGAACCUGGCUACGACGCGAGGUGUGUUUGGUAUCCAGAGUUGUGUUGCUGGCUUGUGGGCUUUACUUUUGGAUCCUGUUUUACAAGCUGACAAAGUGUCCUCCCAACAGGACUGGAGUUGGUUUGAUUGCCUAAUUGCCUCUGGCUUCUUCUUGCUGGAAAAUAUAGCUGUCCAUGUAUCUAACGUUGUCUUCAGGACAUUUGACAUUUUCUUAGUUGUUCACCAUCUCCUUGCCUUCGGUAGCCUUUUUGGUAUAAUUAUCAACGUAAAGGCUGGACAUUACCUACCGUUGAUGGGAAUGCUACUUGAGAUGAGCACACCUUUUACCUGCAUAUCGUGGAUGCUUUUGAAGGUUGGCUGGUCUAAUACUUUAUUUUGGAAGGCAAACCAGUGGAUAAUGAUCCAUAUGUUUCACUGCCGUAUGAUCCUGACAUAUCACAUGUGGUGGGUGUGCAUUUCCAAUUGGAAUGCUUUUGCGGAAAAUCUAGAACUUUUUCAUUUUGUCAUUGAGCUCAUAGGAAUGGGUGCCGUCACGCUCUUACUUAACCCUUACUGGACGUACAAAAAGACUCAGCAGCUUCUCUGUCCUGUUGAUUGGAACUUUGCCAAUAGAACAACGAAACACAGCUCAUCAGAGAAAUUAAAUGGGGAGACAUUCCAGAAGAAAGAGCUUUGAUGCUGAAUUGACGUCUUUUUUCUGGGCAACAAUAAAAUACAGCCCAAAGAUUAAUCAACUAGGAUCUUCCGUUGACUUGUUGAGUUAUCUUAGCCAGUCAUUCUCAACCAGCCAUAUGGCCCUCUGGGGGCUCUUACACAUUUGAAGGGGGGCACAGACUGAAAAAUGUGAGAAGGAGAUUUUCUAUUAAUCUAUGUUGUGUCCUUGUUUGAUAGGGGGUAGGAACGAGAGCCUGGGAAGAGCUCCUAAAAGUGAUGGGGCCAAAAAAGGUUGAGAAUGGCUGAGCUAAACCAUAUUUAUUGCUAAUUUUGAGUUUUCUUAUCAGUAUUAACUGGACAAGCAUGGUGUUGCUGGCUCAAUUUAGACAUCUGUGUUGUGGAUGAAUCCUGAAUUUGGAGCACGUUUAGGUAUAUUUGGAGAAAUCAAUUUGAAAAUAAAUAAAUGUAGGAGA